UCAGUUAUCUACGCGACUUGAACCAGUGCAGACUUGGCAGAGUAGCCUCUUUGAUUUGAGCGUACUGUUUAUUUUUGAUAAAGGAAAGCGCAAUAGCGCACGUGGACAUGAAGUUAAUUGAUGUGAUUAUAUACUUAAUUGCAAUUUUAGUCUUCAUCUACUUGCUGUUGGAGUAGACCUGCUGACACAGCCCGUCGAAGCUUUCUUUCUGCUUAUAAAAGCCGUCCAUCAUUUAACCACUCAUCCAAACGAUUGUGUGCUUUUAAAUUGCAACAAACUGAAACAAUAUGAAGACGUUGCUCCUGCUUUCUUUUUUGCUGGGUCUGGCGAUCUGUGAGCCACCCGUGGUCAAAGGUCCCUUAGUUUUCAGCAGCAGCAAUUGGCCGCCCAAGCGGGUCCAGCAAUUGGGACGUCCUGCGCCUAUUGCAGCAGCUAAUUCUAAGGGCGGCAAGCAGCGCACAUUGGUUGUGCAAAUUCGAAGUGAUCAUCCGGUGCCCCUGGUGCUAAAGGGUCGUGCUGGAGUCCACAGCCAUGCCCAUCAGCAUGUGCUGCCCCAUCAGCACGUACAUUUACCAUCCCAUUCGCACUCACAUGCGUACUUGCAGCAAUCGCACUUGCACUCCCAUUCGCAUUCUCCUUCUCUUCCAUUGAGUCAUGUAAAUUUGGUGCGCGGGUCGCGUCCCUUGAAGCUCAGCGCUCCUGUCUAUCUGAAGCCUUCGUCUGUUGGCAGUCGCAAACCACUCAAGAUUAAGCUCAACAACUCGAAGCCCCACUCGAAGCCCGUCUUUGGAUACGAGAAGCCCUUUAGGUACGAGAAGCCAACUGCGAACUCCCACACCGAACUACAGCACUUGCCGCUGGAUUCGCACACCAACAAUUACAACAACGAGUUCUUUGCACCUAUUUACACGGUUCCGGCCCCGAACCUCGCACUGCACCAUAACAAUCAGCUGGACGAUGGUCUCGAUACCGCUUACCUACCCCCCCAACCAUCCCAAAAUCCACCCGCGGAGGUUUACGGACCACCCGACAAUGGGCAUGAGGACGAAACAAAUGACCAAACUAUUCGUGAUCCCAUUUCGGGCUCGCAGAAGUUAUUUGCUCCAGAUCCAGAUCCGUCGUUGCCAACCAACAAGGUCAAGAUCGCAACGGAAGCCUUCAAUACCCCUAGCAACAACAAGCCGCUCCCUACGGAUGUGCAGAUCAGUCAACUGCCCGCUCAACCUCUGGUCCAGAUUGUUGGAGCCCAAGCAGCUGCACAAACAGUGCCCAUUUAUCCCAUACAGUUGGCUCAGCAGGCGACACAACCCUUCAUAGCCGCCGCCGUUCCUGCUGCACAUAUUCCCAUUUACAAUCCCACAUACUUGGUCACUCAGUCCAAUCAGUUGUAUACGCAACACAAACAGCAGCUCUUCAAGCCCAGCACAGAGCACGUCAUUGAGACGGGCUAUAUAAAUGCUGACUUGACACAGGAAGUGGCCAGCAAUGGACAAAUCUUGCAGGCUGCCAAGGAUCCGCAUCACAACAUUCAUCCUGUGUUGGAUACCGCACCACAAUACGCAGCUCUAAUCGCAGCUCCAUCACUAGGGGAGCCUUCCGAGUCGUACUAUGAGACUGCGCCAUUCCAUUUACCUAAUAACGCUCCUGCAGUCGCAUCAUCAUCAGCAUCAGAGGGUGGAUUUAUAGUAUCUAACUACUACGGCAACGCACACGAUUCAUCGCAACUGUUGCAAGCUUACGCCGAGGAGGAAGGAAGACGUCAGCAGCUAGAGACUCAACAAGCCGCAAUUGAGCUGCAGAAGCAGCAAGAACAGCAAUAUCAUUUGGAAGAGCUUAAUGCUCAGGCUCAGGCUCAGGCUCAAGCUCAGGCUCAGGCUCAAUUACAACAGCAAGAUCAGCGGUUACAAGAGCUGCAGCGACAGCAAUACCUUCAAGAACAACAGCAACAGCAACAACUUGAAUUCCAGCAAACGCAGCAGGAUCCAGCCUCGUCAGCUUUCGAAGAACAUCAACGUUUGGUGCAACAGCAACUCGGUAGCAACACACCACUGCGCAUAUUUGUCCCAGAUGAAGAAACGCCUGAAACGCGUCUUCAAAAGCGCUCAGAUGAUCUUAAUAAAGGAACCGUUAAGGAUGUGUCCCAUGAAGAUGAUGGCUUAAGGGAUUUAAUUCCUGUUUCAACUUCCGUCGAAAUUGCAGAAGCCAACAGUAAAUAGUUGUUUGGUUUUAAAAUAUUUGUUAUACAAAACCAAUGUAAUCUUAAAGCAACCAGUCGAUAGUAUAAUAAAAAAUUAUU